AUGGGGAGGUCAUCAAAAGAUAAAAGAGACAUAUAUUACAGGCUUGCCAAGGAAGAAGGAUGGAGAGCCAGGAGUGCAUUCAAGCUUCUUCAGAUUAAUGAAGAAUUCAACAUUUUUAAAGGGGUCAAGAAGGUCGUUGACCUUUGUGCUGCUCCUGGAAGUUGGAGUCAAGUGCUUUCCAGACAGCUUAGGCCUAACAAAGAAUCAGAUAGUGAUAUAAAAAUAGUGGCAGUUGAUUUGCAAGCUAUGGCACCUAUAGAUGGUGUUAUUCAAAUUCAGGGUGACAUCACACAGAUAUCAACGGCAGAAAAAAUAAUUGAACAAUUUGAUGGGCAAAAAUCAGAUCUUGUUGUUUGUGAUGGUGCUCCAGAUGUAACUGGUCUGCACGACAUCGAUGAGUAUGUACAAGGGCAGCUACUUUUGGCAGCGCUGAACAUAACAACCCAUCUGCUAAAAGACGGCGCUACAUUCGUUGCCAAGAUAUUUAGAGGAAGAGAUGUGACGACGUUAGGCUCACAGUUGAAAAUAUUCUUCCAAUCUGUUACUAUCGCAAAACCUAGAAGCAGUAGAAAUUCUAGUAUAGAGUCAUUCGUGGUAUGUGAGAAGUUCAAAUUGCCUCCAAUGUACACACCACACAUGUUUAACCCUUUACUACAUGAUGCGGCCGCUUUGGAGUUGGAAAAGUUAGAAGGUAACAAUAGAUGCAUUGUGCCAUUCAUAGCAUGCGGAGAUCUCAGUGGUUUCGACUCUGAUAUGACCUACUCUAUUCAAACACGUCCAGAUGAAGGCACGUACAUCAGCAAAGAGCCCACACAAGCACCUAUCAACCCUCCUUACCAAGAAGCUUGCGAUCGCAAAAAGAGAGAUCAACUUAUUAAAUGA